UUUGGAAUUAUACCGCUGCCCAGAACUUCUAUCUUCAAAUAUCCCACCAGAGCUUACCUUUGAAUAUAUGUCUGGAGCAAAUCGCGGUGCCCUCCCACCUCUCGAACAUGUCGAUAUUGUUAAGUGUGGAAUAACGGGGAAGUGGCUAUGUCUCAUGCUGCAGCAUGCGCAUGCUCUCAAGGAAUUAAGUUUACAUCGGUGCAACCAGAUAACAGGGCUAUUGAUAGGAGAGGAAGAAAACAGUCAACCAAGUCUUAUGUCAUCUCCAGAGGCUCCGUCAUUAGGAUAUCCAGGUCGAGACGAACUUCUAAAUGAUGAGCAGUCGAAUAGAAGAUGGCUCCUCCCACUAUCACUUGGAGAACUUGAUAUUGGACAUGUUGAUUCCCUAAAAGUGUUGCAGCCCUGCUUUCUAAUGAACCUCACCGGACUGAAAAAACUAAGAGUAUUCGAUAACCCAAAUUUAACAUCUCUGCAGCUGCAUUUCUGCACAGCGCUCCAAGAGUUGAGAAUUGAAGAUUGUGAGUUGCUUAAUUCUCUGGAAGGAUUGGAAUCGCUUGGCAGCCUCAGGUUGCUGCGAGCACAAAGAUGCCUUGGUGGUCAUGGAGAAAAUGGAAGUUGUAUCCUUCCGCAAUCACUUGAGGAACUUUACAUCAGCAGGUAUUCUCAAGAAACUCUGCGGCCCUGCUUCCCAAGAAAUCUCACCUGCCUAAAAAGAUUAGAUGCAUCAGAAACUUCAAGUUUAAAAUAUCUAGCGUUGGAAUCAUGCACUGCACUCGAAGAGUUGAGGGUUGUAUGUUGUGAAUCGCUCGCCGCAAUAGGGGGCUCAGAACCCCAUCGCAGCAUUAGGCAUUUGGAAGUACGUCGAUGCCCCAGCUUGCCUGCAUGUUUGCCUGCUUCACUGGAAGGACUGGAAAGGUUAGAGAUUGAUGACCCCUCUUUCCUUACCACGCUGUUCUGCAAGCACCUUACUUCCCUCCAAAGCCUAGAGCUUUCCUGGUGCAAAAGCGAAGUGGAAAGACUAACGGAUGAGCAAGAUAGAGCGCUUCAGCUCCUCACGUCCCUGCAAGAGCUCCGGUUUUGGUUUUGUGACAAUCUAAUUGAUUUUCCUACGGGGCUCCACAGCCUUCCCUCCCUCAAGAGGUUGGAGAUCGUGUUUUGCAAGAGCAUCGUGAAGCUGCCGGAGAAGGGUCUUCCACCUUCUUUGGAAGAACUGGAUAUCACAGGAUGCAGCGUAGAGCUAGCUCAACAGUGCAGAAUACUAGUACUAGAAAGCAACCUGAAGGUCAAAUUUUGUUCUUUUUGAAGCCCGAGCAGGGUGUAAUUAUAUUCAGGCAUGGGAAACAAAUUACAAAGAUCCAAGGGGAUCAAGGGGAAGAACAGAAAAAAAAGCAAAAGAAAACCUUUACAAGGGGGAAGGACGCAAACAGUAUCAGGCAUCGUUGGCUCGUUAAGCACACACUUUUCCAGCUUCCCAACUGGUAAGGGCUCAGGCUUUCAAGCUGCUGUACAAUGCCGCA